AUGAGAAUUCUCCAAAAAAAUAACGGGGAAGUGAUAAACUUUAUGGCGGCGAAGAGACGAGACUCUUUGUGUUGGGAAGAGCGGUUUCAAAUCACUCUUGACAUCUCCCACGGCACUGAGUACCUUCAUGAAGGCGUUAGUCACCGUGAUCUAAAAUCAGCAAACAUAUUGUUAGACCACUCCAUGAGAGUUAAGGUUGCGGAUUUCGGGUUGUCCAAAGAGAUGGUUUUGGAUAGAAUGACUUCCGGAUUGAAGGGUACUCACGGGUACCCUUACAUUUCGACUAACAAAUACACGAUGAAGAGCGUCGACAUUUAUAGUUUCGGUGCUUCUAUGAGUCCAAAUGGUAUCAAUGAAAUAGUGGAUCAGAAACUAGUGGACAAUGCAAGCAUUAAAGAAGUGAGGUUAAUGGCAAAGAUUGCAAACAUAUGUGUGCAUAAGACACCAAGGAAAAGACCAUCCAUUGGAGAAGCCACACAGUUCAUACUAAAGAUCAAGCAAGGUCGGUCUCGAAGCAGAAGACAGGACACAAUGUUUUCAUCGUUUGGUGUUGGUGAUGUGGAAGAUCUGUCAAGGGUUAUAAGCAGGAUUAAGGAACAACAUGUUGAGUUAGGGUUAUUCGCUGGUGUUAAAGAAGAGGAUCAUCAAGAGAGGAACAAUACAACAAUAUUGUAA